AUGAGGCCCCUUCUCUCCUUCGCAGCAAAGUCCGCCAUCCGCUCGCGCUUCGUCCCCGUCUCCUUCCCCGUCCUCCGCUCAAGAACAUACGCAAUGGGUCACAACAUCCCUCCGCUCAGCGACAAGUCGCUCCUCAAGACAAAGUCCUACAUCAAUGGUGAAUGGGUCGGCGCGGCAUCCGGCAAGACCUUCGACGUCACCGACCCGUCGACAGGUGCCGUCAUUGCGACCCAGCCCGAGAUGGACGCAGCAGACACACAAAAGGCCAUCGACGCAGCAGCAGCAGCCCUGCCUGCCUUCAGCAAGCUUACCGGCCGCGAACGCGCUCGCUACCUACGCAAGUGGUACGACCUGAUGAUCGAAAACGCCGACGACCUCGCAAAGCUCAUAACAUGGGAGAACGGAAAGCCGCUGGCCGAUGCGAAGGGCGAGGUUACCUAUGCCGCCAACUUCUUCGAGUGGUUUUCUGAAGAGGCCCCGCGCAUCUAUGGCACCACCAUUCCCGCCACUGUCGGCGCAAACCGCGUCUUCACCCGCAAGGAGCCCGUCGGUGUGUGCGGCCUGAUCACGCCCUGGAACUUCCCCGCCGCCAUGAUCACCCGCAAGAUCGGCCCUGCACUGGCGGCUGGCUGCACCGUCGUCGCCAAGUCUCCUGGUGAGACCCCUCUGACCGCUGCCGCUCUCGCCGAGCUCGCCCACCGCGCCGGCAUCCCCAAGGGCGUCGUCAACUUCGUCACCGCUCUCGAAAACACCCCCCAGGUCGGCGAGCUGAUUACCACCUCGCCCACCGUCAAGAAGGUUUCCUUUACCGGCAGCACCAACGUUGGCAAGCUCCUCAUGAAGCAAUCCAGCAGCACCCUUAAGAAGCUCUCCUUCGAACUCGGCGGCAACGCGCCCUUCAUCGUCUUCGACGACGCCGACCUGGACGUCGCCGUCAACGGCGCCAUCGCCAGCAAAUUCCGCAGCUCGGGCCAGACGUGCGUGUGCGCCAACCGCAUCUACGUGCAGCGCGGCAUCUACGACAAGUUCGCCAACGCCUUCGCCGAGAAGGUCAAGGCGUUCAAGGUGGGCGGCGGCUACGGCGAGGGCGUCACCCACGGCCCGCUCAUCCACAGCCGCGCGGUGGGCAAGGUCGAGGAGCACGUGCAGGACGCGGUCAAGCACGGCGCCACGGUGCUGGUCGGCGGCCAGAAGCUGCCCGACCUGGGCGACAACUUCUUCCAGCCCACGGUCCUGCGCGACGUGACCAACGACAUGCGCAUCGCCCACGAGGAGACGUUCGGCCCCGUCGGCGCGCUGUUCCCCUUCGAUUCCGAGGCCGACGUCGUCGGGCUGGCCAACGCCGCCGAGGUCGGCCUUGCCGGAUACUUCUUCAGCCGCGACGUCCAGCGCUGCUACCGCGUCGCCGAGGCCCUCGAGGUCGGCAUGGUGGGCGUCAACACCGGCUUGAUCUCGGAUGUGGCCAGCCCCUUCGGUGGCGUGAAGGAGAGCGGAUUCGGCCGCGAGGGCAGCUUUUUGGGCGUCGAGGAGUAUCUCGUGACGAAGUCUAUUACCUUGGGCGGGAUGGAUCAGCCGCUGCAGGGUUCGUCGUAG